CAUGGAUACUCAGGUUAAGCUUGCCGUCGUGGUCAAGGUGAUGGGCCGCACCGGUUCCAGGGGUCAGGUGACCCAGGUCAGAGUGAAGUUCCUGGACGACCAGAACCGUCUCAUCAUGAGGAACGUCAAGGGCCCUGUCCGUGAGGGUGACAUCCUCACCUUGCUCGAGUCUGAGAGGGAGGCCAGGAGGCUGCGCUGAAGCAGCUGGUUGUUGUGUCAGUUGUUCGCUGUUCUUGUCUUAAACAAGUUAAUGAUGGAUUGAUUUCCCCUUGCCUAGUGUACUGCUUUCGCAUCAAGUUCUUGAAGAAUGCUACUUUGUCUUUUGCAUAGGCUAUGGAGAAUGAGUUAAGAGCAAUGGAAAUGUAAUUUGUGCACAUGUCCUGUUGCAAGUUUUGGUCUGUUACCCUGAAUGAAAUUAAGUGCACUUAUGUUGUGUUACAUGGUUGUGUUGCAAUCUUGGGUAACAUUAUAAUGAAUGGCCUGUAUGAGUUCUGUAUAAUUUGAAUUUAUUGGGUGAA